UUCAGAAGAUAAAAAAAUAUUAAAAUUACAAUUUAGCUCAUAUCUGUAAUAAGUUCAAAACGUGCGAUGCAAAUAUUCAAGAUACUAAACAUCGGAAUGUGAUCUAGUGGUAAAACAAAAGUCCCUAGACUUGGAUUUUUGUUAAAAAAAACUCCUUUUUCAGCUGAAAUAUCUAAAUAUAAUGUUACUAAUUAUUGUUUUUUGAUACACUAUUUUUAACAGUUUGAACUUUUGCGUAAAUGUACUUUGAACUAACAAUUAAGAGAAGAUACAUUUUUGAGGUUAUGUUGACAUAGGGGUGUAAGGGGUCAGAAUGUCGACUUUGGAAUACUCCGCAGCCUCCACUACACAUGUGAAGUCUCCGAAGAGUGUUCACAACUGCGAAGUGUGCCCCUUUUUCACAAGGUCGGCGUUCCUAAUGGUGAACCACGUCGGACGACACUGGUCUCCGUCACAUUUCAACUGUGAAACUCACGACGUGGAAAGUUACUACUGCCAAGAUUGUAACUAUCGGACUGUCCUAACCCUCCUUUUCAAACAACACCUUCAGGACCGUCAUGGUAUCAAAAAAGAACCAGAACAAUACGUAAUUCGAAAAUAUAUUUGUGAAAAAUGCAGCUUUGAAACAAAUUUCUCAAUCAAGUGGUUUCAGCAUGUCUUAGUGUGCAUUAAAAUUAGAAAAAAUGAAGCCAUGAAGUCCGAAAAAAUCGAAAAUAUAAGUUGGUAUCAUUGCACCGAAUGUUCGUACAAAAGCAAACAGAAACGAAAUUUAAAAAUCCACGUAAAUGCACACCAUUCGGACCAGUGGUAUGAAUGCGAAGAGUGCCCUUUUAAAACCAAGUACAAGUCGUCUUUGAAAAACCACACGAAAAUCAACCAUUUGGGUGAACAACAUAUUAAAUGGUACGCUUGUAAAAAGUGUCCGUUUAAAACUAAACAAAACUACCAUUUAAAAAGUCACAUAAACGGGCGCCAUUCCGAUGGACAAGAUAUUAAAUGGUACACGUGCCAAGAGUGUCCAUUUAAAACCAAGUACAACCACUCUUUGAAAAUGCACAUCCACGUUAAACACUUGGAUAAAACCGAAAUUAAAUGGUUCUACUGUGACAAAUGUUCCUACAAAGGUAAAUUUAGCUGGGAGUUAAAAAAACACAUCAACGCUCUUCAUUUAGACGAAGACGACAUUAAAUGGUAUGAAUGCAAAGAGUGCCAAUUCAAAACCAAGCACAAACCGUACUUAAACAGCCACAUAAACGCGCGCCAUUUAAACGGCGCCGACAUUAAAUGGUACGAAUGCCAAAUCUGCCCCUACAAAAGCAAGUUCCAACAGUCGUUAAAAACCCACAUAAACAUCAACCAUUUGGACGAACACGACACUAAAUGGUACCCGUGCCAGAAGUGCCCGUUCAAAACCAAGUAUUACCACUGUUUGAAGAUCCACAUCAACGUGAAACACUUAGAUAACGCCGAAAUUAAAUGGUACGAGUGCGAAAAUUGCCCAUAUAAAGCUAAGUCAAGCUACGACUUGAAGAAACACACGAACGCGCGACAUUUAAAGGAGCAGGAGAUUAAAUGGCACGAGUGUGAAAAAUGCCCGUACAAAGCUAAAACCAGUCGGGAUUUAAAAAAACACGUGAAUUUGCACCAUUUGGACGAAGGCGAGAUUAAAUGGUACGAAUGCCAAACGUGCCCUUUUAAAACCAAACAUCGGUCGUCGUUGAACAGUCACGUGAACGCGCGGCAUCUAGACGGGGAGGAUAUUAAGUGGUACGAAUGUAAAAAUUGCUCGUUUAAAACGAAGUGUAGGUCGGUGUUGUAUAGGCACGUGCAGAGCCACAGUUGAUAAUAAAUAAUCAAUUAUUAA